AUGUCCACCCCGCCGCCGAAUGUGUCCACCGCCCGCAGCCACGUCGCCUGGACCAAUCUGAGGCCGACACGUCAUCGCGCCGUCGCCCCGAUCCACUCGCGCGCCGCCACGUCACCGCUGCCGCGCCCACUUCGCCGGGGCUCGAGGGAGCCCAGAUCCGGCCCUCCCCGGGCACGAGUUGGGCCGCCGCCCGCCCGUCGCUGCUCCUGCGGCUCCGCCGCGCCGGCCACCGCCUCCUCGUCGCCGGCGCGCGCCGCCGCCGCCUUUCCCGAGCUCCUCGCCGGAGCUGCUCACUGGAGCGCCGGCGCCCCGCUCCGCCGCCCGCCGACCACGCCGCCUCCGUGCUCCUUCGCCGCCUCGUCAUCCCACGCCUGGAUCCGGCCAUCCCCACCGGUCCCUGGCCUCGCCGGAGUCGCCCCGCUGCCGUUUUGGUCGAGGUCGAGCGGAGGAGCCGCUCGACCCGGCCGCCCGCUCCGCGCCCGCGUGGGCCGCAUGUCCCCGCGACCCCGAGCCGGCCCAUUUUCCCCGCGUGGCCCGAUCCACUCCGCCGUCCAUUUUUUUCUUGCGAGGUGA